AAGAAGAUUUGAAAGUGCCAUGGCAUCUGGACCAUCAGACGGCCAAAUCAGAGACACCAUAAGGAAGCGACUGAAUGCUGAAAAGAUAAAACUAUGGCUGCCACCUUACACAUUGGAAAAUGGACAGAGAGGGGAAAUGCCAGGGGACCUUGUUACAAAAAUCUCAUCGGAUUUGAACUUCCCUAAUGAAAUAGUUUGUGCAACCCUGGAAGAACUCAGACAGCAUGCAGUGGACAAGCUUGCAGCUCGUAAGAAGUUCCAAGAAGAUGGCAUUGCCAAUUUGAAGAUCAAGUUGACUGGAAGUAUCCCUACCAGUGUCAGUAAGACAUGUUUCAGUGUAGAGUCAAAGCUUGAUAUCAGCAGCACGACCCUCAAGCAAAUGAUAAGUGAUCAAACAUCUCUUGGUGUGGAGUAUAUAAAGCUGAUCAGCUGCGGUCAAGUUUUAGACGAUACCAAAACCCUCCAGGAAUUGGGGUUAGGACAGCAUUCACAGGUAAUGGUGAUUUGCUUAUCAGAGAGUGAAGUUGAAGCCAGGAAACAUGACGAACAGAGACACCGUCUGGAAAGGACCAAGGAAGCAGCUAAGAUUCUUGCCACUAGAAACUCAGAAGACCGCAUAGGUCAAGAAGAUGAUCGGUACUUCCUACAGAUCGCUGACCACACUGGACGAGCAAUAAAGCUGCCCGAUGAAGAAAGGCAAGCGCUCUCCGUUGCAUUGACCCUGAACGAGAAGGGACGGGCUUGUUUGAAGAGGAAACAACAUGGAGAAGCUCUGCUCAUUCUCUUAGAAGCUGACCAUGCUUUUAGGCAGUGUCGAUCAGAGAUCCUGCAGGCCGUGGAUAACUAUGCCGUGUUGUGUUUGGAUAUCGUCUGGUGUUAUCUGACUCUUCAAAAUGUUGAACAGCUUCCAGAUGCAGAGUCAAGAUUGAAGAUGUGCGAGGAUUGCUUCAACCGUAGCUAUGGUGAAAAUAUGGAGAGAUUGAUGGCAUUGAAAGGAGAUAAUAGCAGAGAACUGGCUCUCUAUGUGAGGCUCUACCUAUUACAGGGCAUUGUUGCUGUUCUAAAGAACAACUUACAGCAUGGCAAGCAUCUUCUUGAAAAAGCAGAGCGGAUACUCAAUUCCCUUCAAGUGGAUGAGACUAAACUAAUGCAGCUGAUGUCGAUGGGUUACGAGAUGUCCGAGGCUCGGCUCGGACUAAGAGCAGCGGCAGGAAAUGUGUCACAUGCCAUCACAAAAAUCCUUGAACGGAGAGAUAGAAGGAAAGAGAUAGCAGAGAAGGAGAAGGAAGAACGGAGGCAGAAGAAAGCGCAGAGGAAUCUAGGAAAAACUGCCGAUGGAAGCUGGGUGAAGUUAGAUUUAUACGAUCAGAUGAUAGCGAUGGAAUUUUCCAAGUCGACCGUUGCGGCGGCGCUGAGACACACCAACAACGAUCUCCACGGUGCUCUGAGGAUCAUCCAGGAACAACCAGAACUACUCUCUUUACCAGACACUGAUGUCGUUCCGGGUUGGGAUGGACCAAUCACAGAUGAGAUGAUUGCGCAGCUCACAGAACUUGGCUUUAACAUUGAUGUUGCUAAGGAUGCUCUAAAGCGAUACGGAGGGGUAGUCAACAAGGCCGUUGAGAAGCUGUUAUCCUCGGGAGGGAUCCUGCCUCCACUCCCAUCACCAUCCUCCACAGCAGGAGCAUCAAAUUCAGCUGACGAAGUUGAGAAACUCACGGCUGAGCAAAAGCAGGCUAUAGAGGACGUCCUACCUGAUAUACCGGAUCACGAAGAGGAUUAUCUGGACAUUACUUUGGAAGAAGAAGCCUCAUUUAUCGCCGAAUACAAAGCAAGAAUACAUUCUGCACUUUGAUGCUGCUAGUAUAGAACUCGAAAGACUUUGAUAUUGAAUAUAUUUUAUCUGCACUCUGAUAUGAACUGUAGUCGCAAUAUUGAGUUCCUGAAAUAGUAAUUUCUUUGGAAGCGCUUAGACGUUAUAUUAUAAUCUGAUGGUGCCGUACAAGAACUGUUUAUUAUUAUUUGUAGUAUUAUUAUUAUUGUUGUUAAAUUUUGGCAAUACAUGUACUUUAAUUUUUGACUUUCGCACAUAAAACAAAAAUAGGAAGAAUCAAAGUGCCUGAAGAAUUAAUAUGAGAUACCUAAAACGGAACAUUAUUGAAAUAUGAGGAGGAUUUGGGAUGUUAAGUCUCACAAAACUAUGUACAUUUGAGAAUUUACUGAUAAUUAUGCCUAUAUCCAUAUUUUUUAUGGAUAUUUUGUCACGACUCCUCUGCUUGGGAAUUAAAAAAAAAAUGUUGGAGAAGAUGGUUGGGUGGAAGUGGAAUUUCUAAGAGUUCUGACGUUCUUUCUGAGAAGCUAGCUUGCAUAGAAUCAAUACUGAGUUUCUACCUGUGAAUGAUUGCUGGUAAAUGUUUGCAAUUUUUAUUCUUUUUUUAUAUUAUGAUGAUUUUUGCAGUCAUUAUCAAGUUGUAUUAUGCCCACAUGUUCACUCUCAAUUAUCGUUUUGUCAUAUUAUUUCACACUCAUUUAUGUCGGUUGUGAUUAAAUGCCCCUUAAAAUAAAUUGAGCUUAACCAUUAAUUGUAGAUAAUUUGUAACAAUUAACCCUGCAUGAUUUUAAGAAAUCACACCUAGGUCAAUAUUAUGCAUUAUAUGAGAUAUAUUUGAUAUAUUUUGAUUGUUUAAUAUAUAUCUACUGGUCUUUAUUCCAUAUGUAACUAUAUCCUGUGCCUUCAACUUUCUUGCAAUAUUCACAAAACUUGAAAUGUUUAGGGUUUGAUUGUCAGGUUUGUAUUCUAUAUACAUGAUAUAAAUUAUGGCACAACUGAGAAUAAAAGGAAACUUCAGAAACGGAACGGUAAGUUGAAAUUAACACAUGUUUUCCAUGUUAUUCGUAAACAUCUGUUUAUGUCUUUUCUUACUUGUCAUUGUUACAACUGCACUGUAUCGUCUUUUCAUGUAUUACAGGGGCAUAGAUUCAUAUUGAAUUUCAGAUUUACAAACCGGGAUUUUAUAGGAUAUAUUGUAGGUGGACGAGGGACCAAUUACCUUGUUAAUAUUGUAGAAAGUUGUUCGAAUUUCCAACGAGGCUUGGGAAAAAAGGGAUAUCUGACACUCUUAACCCAUUGUAUGAAAACGCUCUUCUGGGGCCAUGGGGACGAUUUUUAGUGGGGACAGUGCUGAUGUAAAUUUAAAAAGCAAAAAUAAAUAGGAAAAGAAAAGAAACAGUUUAACUACAAAUUGAAGGUCAUUUUGUAGACAAUUUUCCUUUUUUUUUACACACAUCUUCCAGAAUACCUUGGGGUGCUACCUAUGGAGAAUAAUACUUGCAGCACCCCAAGGACUUUUUUGGGGUGCUUCAGCUCCCCCGCUUCCCAGGACCAUACUCUUUUCAGGUUCAGGUGACCCCCAAUACGAGGUUCACACUUUGAUUUUUUUUCUUCAAAUAUUGGCAUAACUAUGCAAAUUAAAAAUCCGACUUAAUUCAUCUCACUGAAGUGCCUAUAUGCCUUAGCUUGUUCAGAGUAUUUCAUAUGUAAUAAACUGAAACAGCUUGGGAAUACUGCUAUUCUUGGGUGAUACUCCCAUCCCGCCCCCCAAAAAAAAAAAAGAUGAAAAUUUGAAAUAUUAAAAGAGAAAGAAAAUUAUUGAAAAGAAAUGAUCCUGUGUGCAAUUGUUUAGUAUCUCUCGUUUAAUGAAUAUAAAUCAAACUCGCCUAUCUUUUUAUUGUAUUGGUCUCCUUUAAACCUAGACAUCCUAGAACGACUUGGAUCAUGAUGCCCCCUGUUUCGCCCGUUAUCCCGAAAUGAACACGGAGUACGUGAAAUAUAAUAACCCCUUUUCUAUGAAGUCAUUUGAACUGAACCUUUGAGACAAAAUCUGCAACAUAUUGGAAACGGUCCGCGGAACAUGGGGGCUUCACUAAGCCGCCACUUUUUUUCAAAAAAUCGUGAAAAGACCAUCUGAUUUUUUUUAAUGCAUAGCCAGCUCCCCCCCCCCCCAAAACCGCUCCACUGCCGCUUGUGAGAGAUAAGCAUCGCAAAACCAUGGGGCAUUUUAUAAGACAAUGUCGUGUCGAUUAUGGCUAUUUUUGUGAUAAAUCUGCGAAAGAAAUAUUAAUCUGAAAUUAAAUAGUAUGGUGUUUAACAAGCCAAAUAAUGAUUUUUUAACGAAUGAAUGUCAAUAAUUAGUCGAAAGUAAAUAAAUCAUUAUUGUUUUUGUUUAACAGCUUGUAUUAUCUAAAGAAUAUGUGUAAAUUUGGCGCGGAUGAUGGCCAAUGAUCAGAAAAGCCUCCCACACUUUCAAAGUAAUCCAGACUUGAUAGGGUAAAAAAGUGACAGUGGUGUCUCAAAGUAAAUACCUUAUCUUUCCGAUUUAAUAUUAAUACAUGUACAUGUAAAAAGGCCGUAUUGAUAUUGAUACAAAACGUCAUAGCUACCCUAUAAAUCAACAUUUUAAAGGGUAUAUGAGGCCGACCUUUUUACCGAGUACAGACGGCAAAACUGUUUGAACCAUUUCAUAAAGCCAAUAUAAGAAUUAUUAUAAAACACAAGACUGCAAAUUUUGAUGACAGAUUUCCAAUUGUUCUAACGAAGAAGAUAAAGUGGUAAAGAAAUCAGAGUAUAUGGAAAAGAAAUAUCUUUGUAUUUUUAAAAGACUAUAUAUCUAUCGAACUCGUAUUUCAUGCCCCUUACCUAUUGUCUUUCCGCGGACGCCCCUAUACAUGUACACCUCGGAUUAUCAAUAUGAGCAACAUAUAUCAGGGGGUUGCAAGAUGUUAAAAUUACAUUUUUGUUAGAGUUCUUCGAAUCCGUAAUAAGCCUAUGUAAAAAUAAAUAGAAUCUGUUUGAAAAAUUAAGUGAAACUAUUUGUUUUAGAACCAAAUUCACGUUUGAUCAGUGCGUUUUUAGAUUGUACUCGAAUAAGACCGUCUUAAAGUGAAUGCAAUAAAUGCAAAGUCUUUCUAGUAAUAGAAUGUAUUAUCAGGGGUCUGUAAUGUUUAUUCAUGAUUUUAUUUUUAUGUAGGAAUCAUCUAUACAAGUCAUAUACAAAUUAGUUCAUUUUCUAAAGGUUAUACUGUGUUGCUUAUAGCUGUUGGUUUGUGAGGGGGGGGGGGCUAAUGUCUUUACUUACUAGAAUAAUAGGGGUGAAAGUCAGAAGCAAGUUGGGCCAAUCAAUUGAGGAAGGAACUGAUUAUUGAAUAAUUGGUGAAGAACAUUUUUCUUAUCAGAUGUUGUAACAAAACAAGUAUUGUAUUUACUUAAGUUUUGCGUACUUUUUUAAUUGCAUAAGUUGGAAAAGUAAUAUCUUUGCUUUAUUAAUCAUCUCCAUGCCGAAUAAAAGAAAUUUAUACUUUG